GCUUGCAAUGCAUGGACAAUGUCUGCUGCUCUGAGACUUAUCAUAAGAAUGCUGAUCACAAGGAUAGCUCUAGCAGCCUUUGUGCUCUUCAUCAAAACACCUCAAUGCUCAGCAACUAAUGAUUCACCAUUCUCCCUCACUAACAAAGCCACUGGUUUUUGUCUGACGAAAAAAUCAACUCGCUGCCUUGACGUGCGCUGGACGACCGGUGAUCGGCUUUUUGUUAUCUCCACCAGAAAGUGCCUUGGAGCGCAGGGCAAAACUGUGGGCAGUGAAGUGAGCCUCUAUGAUUGUGACGACAACAGUGAACUUCAAAAGUGGGAAUGCAAGAAUGAAACACUGCUUGCCCUCAAAGGCCAACAGCUCUACAUUGAAAUGAAAGCUGAUGAAACAGUUGCCCUCUCCAAAACAAUAAGUCCCAAUAACCACUUCACAAUUACAGGGACAUCCAGCGGUGCUUGCACGAGAACAUUCAGAGAAUAUUAUACCAUUAAUGGAAAUGCAUUUGGCAAGAUCUGCAUGUUUCCAUUCCUGUACAAAGACCGGUGGUUUGGGGACUGCACUACGUUCGACUCCUCUGUGAAGCGUCCUUGGUGUGCAGUGGAAACCAAAUUUGAACAUGAGCAGUGGGGAUACUGCCCGACUACUUCCAGAGACCACUGGAUGAAAAACGUUGUAACAGGAACUUAUUACCAGGUGAACUCACAGUCAGUUCUGACUUGGCCCCAGGCUGAAACCAGUUGCAAACAGCAGUCUGCCUCCCUGCUCAGUAUCACCAAUGACCACGAGCAGGCUUACAUCACAGUACUAAUGGGAUCAGCGAUCCAAAAACUUUGGAUUGGUCUGGUUCUGAACCCUGAACAUGGCUGGCAGUGGUCUGAUGGGAAGCCCUUCCGUUACCUGAGAUGGGGCAUUGGAAAUCCACUUCCUAAUCCAGGACACAAUUGUGCACUUAUUGAUGUUGCUCAGCAGUACUCCUGGCAAAGUUCAUCCUGCACCAAGAAAACAGGCUACAUUUGCUACAGAGAUGGGCCCCUACCAAUUCCUCCACAAAUUGAGCAAGGAUUUUGUUCAAACCCUUGGAUUCCUUACAAUGGCCACUGCUUCCACCUUCUCCGUACUCUUCAAACAUGGACUGAUGCUCAGCGAGAGUGCCGCAAAGAAGGGGGGGACCUCGUGAGCAUUGCAAAUGUGGAAGAUCAAAGCUUUGUCAUCUCUCAACUUGGAUAUGGAGCCACAGAUGAGCUCUGGAUUGGACUGAAUGAUAGAACGACAGAAGGGCUGUUUGACUGGAGUGACCACUCUGAUGUCAGGUUCACCAGUUGGGAAUUUGGGAAGCCAACUGUCUCUACGGAUACAAAUGACUGUGUUCUCAUAAGGGGAGAGAAUGGGAACUGGGCAGAUCGCGGGUGUAAUGAGAAACAUGGCUUUAUCUGUAUGAAGCAGAGUGAAACAGAACGCACUGGGGAUGAAGUAGUUGUGGAUAUAGGCUGCAAAGCUGGUUGGAAAAGACAUGGAUCCUACUGCUACUUUGUAGGGACAGAGGCCAAAACGUUUGAUGAAGCCAAAGAUGACUGCAAGACCUCUGACUCCAUCUUAGCUGAUGUUUCAAAUGGGGUGGAUAAUGCAUUUCUUAUCAGCAUGGUGGGACUGAGGCCAGAGAAAUAUUUCUGGCUGGGGCUCUCAAACCAGAAAAACAUUGAUGCAUUUGAGUGGACCAACACAGACAAUGUGAGAUUUACUCACUGGAAUGCUGAAAUGCCAGGUCACCAACAGGGCUGUGUUGCCAUGACAACUGGGGUUUUUGCUGGACUCUGGGAUGUGUUGCCCUGCACCAAUAAAGAGAAAUACAUCUGCAAGCACUUGGCAGAGGGGGCCGUUUUAACCCCUGCACCACCAACUCUUACACCUCCUAAGUGUCCAGACGGCUGGACUCAAGUGGGAACCAGAAAUAUGUGCUCUAAGUUCUUUACAGGGCCUCGGGCAUCUGAGAAGACCUGGUUUGAAGCCAGAGAUUACUGUAGGGCCAUCGGAGGAGACCUGCUCAGCAUCCACAACGCCAAUGAGCUAUUUAUGAGACGCCAUGGAAAAGCCUGGAUUGGACUUCAUAUCCCUGACGGAAACACUGGUUACGUAUGGAGUGAUGGCUCCGCGGUGAACUUUCAACACUGGCAGGACGGAGAGCCAAAUAAUUUUAAUAAUGCUGAAUCUUGUGCUGAAUUCCACAUGAGUAGUGCUGAUGAAAGUGGGUCUUGGAACGAUGUGCACUGUGAGAGUUACAAUGACUGGCUAUGUCAGAUUCGCGGAGGAGUGACUCCAAGACUACCUCCAAAUGAUACUGCAUCGGACUAUAAUACCACGUCAGAUGGUUGGCUUGAGUGGAGAGGGAAUCAGUAUUAUAUAAACAGAAUGUCAAUGCCCAUGGAAGAUGCUCGUCAGUACUGUAAAAAUAGACACGGUGACUUGGUGACGAUCAACAGUGAGGCUGAAAAUGUCUUCUUAUGGAAACAGAUAUCGAGAAACUAUGAGACCUACUACAUUGGUCUGUCAGUGGAUCUCGAUGGGUCAUUUUGGUGGAUGGAUGAAUCGCCGUUGGCAUUUCAAAAAUGGGAUGAGAAUCAGCCUGAUUCUAAUGCCUUUGAUAAGACCUGUGUUGCUAUGACUUACUAUAUGGGCUUCUGGCGUAAUUUCAACUGUGGCUAUGAGUACAAGAGUAUUUGUAAGCGUGGAACCUCAGCACCUGUCAAUACCACUGCAGCCCCCACAGUUCCUCCUAAAGGUGGCUGCUCAUUCUCAUGGAAAAAAUUUGACUCAAAGUGCUACAAUAUCAUCACUGACAGGAUGAACACCUGGGAAGAAGCAAGGAAAUAUUGCGCUAACAUAGGAGGAAAUUUAGCCUCUAUUCCCACAAGGCGUGUGCAAGCAUUUUUGAUAACCAAGAUGGCUGAAGUAGGAGGAAAAGACUUGUGGAUUGGUCUGAGUAGCUUAAAUAAUGAUGGCUUUUUCUGGACUGAUGGAAGACCGAGGCGAUACACCAACUGGGGCUAUGCUAAACGGCGUCCAGGAACCUUUUAUCAAAGAUGGAAUGAGGAAGACUGUGUUGCAAUGACCAGUAAUUCUAACUUUGGUAUCGGGAAAUGGAUAGUUAAGUCCUGCAAUACCACCAAUGGAUUUGUCUGUCUUAAGAAUCUUGACCCAGCAGUAAAAUCUGAAACGGAGCCAACAGUUCCUGACAUCUAUGUAGCUCUGGGAAACGACAGCAUCAAGGCUGUGACUCAAAAUCUGACCUGGGAUGAUGCCAGGAAACACUGUGAAGGUGAUCACGCCAAUUUGGCAAGCCUGCGGAACGACUGGACACAGGCUUAUGUCGAACUACUGGCUAUGACUCUUAAAGCCCCUCUCUGGAUUGGACUUAACAAAGAGAAGACCAAUGGUUAUUUUAGGUAUAUUGAUGGCUGGAACUUGAACCUUGCCUCCUGGGCCCCAGGUGAACCAAGGAAGGACCAACCAUGUGUGUACAUGGAUGUGGAUGGAAAAUGGAGGACUGCUUCUUGCAAUCUGACCAUGAACAGUGUGUGCUUGCAGUCUACAGAUGUGGCACCUACAGAAUCGACCAGCUUCCCAGGAGCGUGCCCUGAAGAGUCGCCUGUGGAAAGUGCCUGGCUGCCAUUUAAGGGCCAUUGUUAUUUGUUUGUCACACAAGAAACUGAAUGGCCGCAGGCAGCUGCUAACUGUGCGAUAUUUGGUGGAAAGCUGGCCAGCAUCGGAGAUCCUUCUGAGCAAGCAUUCAUUAAAAGCAAUGUGGAAGUACUUAAAGAUAGCCACAGCUCUUUCUGGAUUGGCCUGUAUAAAACACACAAAGGAGUAUGGAAGUGGCUGGAUAACACAGUCUUGGACUACAUUAACUGGAGUCCAGGCGACUUUGAAAGGGAUUAUGGAGAGAUUGCAUCUGAUGAUGGGAAGUGGAGUUCAGGUCGCGGUUGGCAUGACAGAGCAUACAUCUGUGAAACACCCAAAGUGAUGCCAACAGAUGAUGGAGCAAAACCUGAACCUCACAGACAAAAGGGUGAUGGCAGUCGUGCCCAUACAAGUUUGAUUGUUGUGUUGAUCAUUGUGAUCACUUCUACGCUGAUAGUCACUGCAUUCUUCUUCUACAAGAAGUCUCCUCGUCCCUUACCCACCUUUGAUAAUCCACUCUACUUCGGCAACGAACGAUCCCAGCCUGAUGUGGUUGACACCAAUAAACUGAUAGAGAAGGCAGAGGAAGAAAAUCCUGAACCUAUUAUAUCUCUGUGAUUUAUAUAAUAGCAGCAUCUAGUGGGACAUAUAUUUUACUGUAUCACAGACUGAUUUAUUACACCUAUGCUUCAUUUGUUAGUUUUUUUUACUAUAUACGGUACAUAUUCAGUUAUUUAACAACAUACCAUGAGUUUCAAUGAAGUUGGCAAUGUCUGACCUCAUGGAACAACAAUUUAGGCUCUAGGAUGUCUCAGUGGGAAUGAUUUGUAUUUGAUUUUUUUCUUUUAUCUACAAUUGAAUGUAUAUAUUUGUUAUAUGUUAUGCUUAUGCCCACUAGAUGAUAUUCAUUGCUUGAAACGUGUCAAAAACUCAUUGUGUGUCAUUAUGAAAUGAACAUUAAACUUGGCACUAGA